AUGCCGGGAAUGUCAUUUGCAUUCGUACUUAAACUAUGUGAUCAUCUCAAUUUACGUGCCGACAACGAAUAUUUCCUAAAGCAUUUAGUGACUAGCUUUGAGUGGAAAACCGAUAUUGUUG